GUGAGCAAUGGUGCGGAGCAGCCCAGGAAACAGCAGCGCUCCGACCUCAAUGUUCCCCUGGAGAACAACAAUGUUCCAGAGCCGACAAAGAAGGUUACAGCGUUCCCCAGCUUUGUCGAUGUCCCAGGACCCUGUGAACCAGAGGACCUGAUUGAUGGAAUUAUCUUUGCUGCUAACUACUUGGGCUCCACCCAGCUGCUGUCUGAGAGGAACCCCUCCAAGAACAUUCGCAUGAUGCAGGCCCAGGAAGCUGUCAGCAGGGUCAAGAGGGUACAGAAGGCUGCAAAAGUCAAGAAAAAGGCGGGUUCAGACGGAGAUGCUCAAACCCUCACCGAGGUGGAUCUGUUCAUCUCGACCCAGAGGAUCAAAGUCCUCAACGCAGACUCACAGGAAACGAUGAUGGACAACGCGCUCCGAACUAUAUCCUACAUUGCCGAUAUUGGGAACAUCGUGGUCCUGAUGGCGAGACGCCGCAUGCCACGAACAGCCUCUCAGGACUGCAUCGAAACUACACCCGGAGCCCCAGAGGCGAAGAAGCAGUACAAGAUGAUUUGCCAUGUCUUUGAGUCUGAGGAUGCCCAGCUCAUCGCUCAGUCCAUCGGCCAGGCGUUCAGCGUCGCUUACCAGGAGUUCCUGAGAGCAAACGGCAUUAACCCAGAGGACCUGAGUCAGAAGGAGUACAGCGACAUCAUCAACACCCAGGAGAUGUAUAACGACGACCUCAUCCACUUCUCCAACUCUGAAAACUGCAAAGAGCUGCAGCUGGAGAAGAGCAAAGGGGAGAUCCUGGGCGUGGUGAUAGUGGAGUCCGGCUGGGGCUCCAUCCUGCCCACCGUCAUUCUGGCCAACAUGUUGAACGGGGGGCCAGCGGCGCGCUCUGGAAAGCUGAGCAUCGGAGACCAGAUCAUGUCCAUCAACAACACCAGCCUGGUGGGGCUGCCCCUCGCCACCUGUCAGGGAAUCAUCAAGGGCUUGAAGAACCAGGUGCAGGUGAAGAUGAAUAUCGUCAGCUGCCCUCCUGUUACCACCGUCCUCAUCAAGAGACCGGAUCUGAAGUAUCAGCUGGGCUUCAGCGUGCAGAACGGCAUUAUCUGCAGUCUGAUGCGCGGCGGCAUUGCUGAGCGAGGGGGGGUCCGUGUGGGUCACAGGAUCAUAGAGAUCAACGGGCAGAGUGUGGUGGCCACUGCACACGAGAAAAUCGUCCAGGCCCUCUCCAACUCUGUCGGCGAGGUGAAACUGAUGAACAUAAACACACACACAUUAGAAAGCAGAGGACACUAA